CCGAAUAACAUAUAAAGGAACAUAGAUCAAAAAUAGAAACAGCAAUGGAAAGCAAUAAAGUGAUGAUUUUGAUCAAUUACGAAAACCAAAGUGGAUCGAAUGAAAGCAACGAAAUGAAACCAAAUAAAAAAUUAUUUACAAUGGUGACACUUAUUUGUGUAAUCAACGCAUCUCUCAGUUUGUUUGGGAACGGUUUGUUUGUUGGUUGGACCAGUUCGGUAAUGGAUGAUGAUCAUCUCUAUCAUAUGAAGGGCGCCAGGGAUUGUCAGAGUGAUUUCAGAGAGGAGUGUAGAUUUUCCGAAUCAGAGAAAUUGAACAUUUAUACAGUGAUUGCUUUAGCAGCCGCAUGCGGACCGUUAAUUGUUAAUCAAACUUGGCAUUUGUUUGGAUCGAAAUGUUUCAUUUUAAUGGGAAACUUUUUGAUGGUCGUUGCAUGGAUUCUCGUCAUGUUUAAUCGCGAAAAUUAUGUGGGCACAGUGGUGGGUCGCAGCAUUGGUGGACUUUCUAUUGGAAUUCAUUCGAUCCUAAUUCCGAUCUACAUAAAUGAUAUCGUUCACGCCCAUCAAAAACCUUUGUGUUAUUCAAUUAUGCAAUUGCAUUUUGUGCUCGGAAUCUUGUCACAAUACAUCCUAUACAGUUUGUUCAAGAGUUUUCAAUACUUCUUUCUGAUCAUCAAUUUAUUGCCGGCAAUCACAUCAACGCUGCUGUUCAUAUUAUUUCUCUUUAUGCCAGAAUCUCCGCGGUACUUAGCCGUACGCGGUAAUUUGAAACGGGCACAAGAGAUUUUGAUGAAAUUGAAAAUGACCAACGAUUGUGACAUGCAGAAUGAUUUGCCAUUAUGGACGAGUACAGUGCAUCCGAUUGGCUAUUUAUCGGCUUUCAAAUCAUAUGGAUUCAGCAUUUAUCUCGCAAUUUCUGUAUUUGGUCUGCACAUAUUAGAGCAACUUAUCGGUGUUAUACCAAUUUUGUUCUAUGUUCAGAAAAUAUUCCGAUUGUCUGUGGGUUGUCAACAUGUAAAUGAGACCUUCCAUCCCGACUAUGUUAUAACAUGUAAAUAUUUGGUAGAAAUGUCGACGAUUCUAUGUGUCAUAUUGUAUUGUGUUAGUAUUCUGUUGCCGCAUAUUUUCGUCAUCAUUAAAAUAAACCUAAUGUGGUCAACGAGCUUGAUGGCUGGUGUUUUGGGAGUGCUUGGCCUCUAUUGUUGUUUUCAAGGUGUAUUUGAUUGUGAAAAAACCGAAGAUUAUCGCUUUAUACCAUUGAUGUGCUUGACAUUGUUCUAUUUUCUCUAUGCAAUUGGUCCGCAACGCCUUGCCAAUGAAUAUGCUGAGAAAGUUAUACCGAAAAUAUGCCAGUUCCCCAUCCGCUCGAUGCUCACAACCACCAGCUGGUUUUUGAUAUAUGUCGUCACAAGAAUGCUGCCGCAAUUGAUUAAUUCGAUCGGUGUUGGAUAUUUAUUUUGCUAUAUGACGGUCAUGUGUGUGUUAAUGGCAGUAUUCGUAAAAUUAUUUGUCGCUGAUUUGGCGUCCAAUCAAAAGUCCCUAUUGCUUGAUAACAGUAGAAGCAGCAAUUGCAAUUGCGAAAACUAACCUUUAAAUGUUUUUUUCAUGCGAUGAAUGAUGAACAAAACGCAAACUUCACAAAAUGUGGAAAAUGGAACGAAAUAAGAGCACAAAACCAUUACCCCCAAGGACAUUUAACACUGAAAGUCAAGUUGCGAACAUAAUUAAGGACUCUUAGCUGCAAUAUGAAGCGAAAGGUAACGAAAAAGGAAGGUAUCCAAGCAAGGCGAAGAAUUUGAACGAGUGAACAAUAUUUUCUUUUUAAAUUCAACCAAGACUGAUACAUUUUAGCCACAUGUAUUUUAAUUUUAGAUAUUUUUGCCAAAUUGUGAAUGAGAAUUGAUUUCAACGAAAUUAUGCUUGAGCAUACAUUUAAAUGUGUAAGAAAAUUUAAUGCUUAAGUUAAAAUACGUUUUAUUUUUCGGGCAAUAAAAUUACAUACUUUGGUCGCAAUUUCCUUGGUUCGUUGAUUUGUUUUUGAGGUUUAAUUGUUAUGUAGCCCACGUUUUUUGCUAAAUAUAAUAAGAUAAUUGAAAAGUCGACUGGGAAUGUACAUCGAUGCUAUUGAGCUUAAGUUCGGAUCAAACGACCGCAAAGUGUUUAACUAAGCAGGCAGAACAUCGCAUGCCAAGUAUACUAACGGCACAUUGCAAUCCUAUAUGUAUGCUGUCUAUCGCUUCCAUAUGCUUGUGUUAUGUUAUAAAUACGCACACAAGCGAUGUUCAUUGUACAGUACACUUAUACAAUCGUUAAAUUUGAAUUGGAAUUUGUGCUCAGCCAUCAUUUAAUGUAUGUUCGCAUUUUAUAAUUAUCCAAAUCUCUGUUAAUAAUAAUCCAAGUUGAUUGAAGUGCAGCU